CGUCGUCCGAACGUUUUCCCACAGCGAGCCCAGCCGCAGGCAAAGGGCUUCUCUUUGGUGUGCGUCCUUUCGUGUCUUUGGACAUGCUCCACACGCCUAGAUUACCUGAAGCGCUUGCUGCAAUACUUGCACGGCAACGUCUUGGGCUUUUGCUGCCGGGCCUCACCAUUUUCCCCAGCUACGCCAGAGCCUCCGUGAGGAGGCUGCCCCUCUAUGGACUGGAGUGGCAUCAUUUCGUGCAAACGCUGCCCAAAGAAGCGGCAGGCAAAGGGGAAAAGAAGGGUACUGUGUGCUCGGCUAGGUAAUAGGAUAGAUAGCUCGAGGACCACCGAGGUCACACAGCACGAGAAAGUGGGGGAAAUGGAGGAGGUAAGGUAGGCGGAGCAAGCAGAGUUGGGCUUGAAAGGGAUACUUUGCGGGGUGCGGUGUGUAUCGAUA